UCGGCUGCUCGGCGGGCGGGCGCCGGGCGCUCUGGGAGGAGAGGACUGCAGGGCCGAGCCCAGCGCACCCCGCCGCGUCCCCCGUUCCCGCCGUGCCCGCCGCGCCCGCCGCGCCCGCCGCGGCCGCGGCAGCUCAGCCUCCCGCCGGUUGUAUGUUCCAGGCCUCAAUGAGGAGUCCAAACAUGGAGCCAUUCAAGCAGCAGAAGGUGGAAGACUUUUAUGACAUCGGAGAGGAGCUGGGGAGUGGCCAGUUUGCCAUCGUGAAGAAGUGCCGGGAGAAGAGCACGGGGCUUGAGUAUGCAGCCAAGUUCAUCAAGAAGCGGCAGAGCCAGGCGAGCCGGCGCGGUGUGAGCCGGGAGGAGAUCGAGCGGGAGGUGAGCAUCCUGCGGCAGGUGCUGCACCACAAUGUCAUCACGCUGCACGACGUCUACGAGAACCGCACCGACGUGGUGCUCAUCCUUGAGCUAGUGUCUGGAGGAGAGCUCUUCGAUUUCCUGGCCCAGAAGGAGUCACUGAGUGAGGAGGAGGCCACUAGCUUCAUUAAGCAGAUCCUGGAUGGGGUGAACUACCUUCACACAAAGAAAAUUGCUCACUUUGAUCUCAAGCCAGAAAACAUUAUGUUGUUAGACAAGAAUAUUCCCAUUCCACACAUCAAGCUGAUUGACUUUGGUCUGGCUCACGAAAUAGAAGAUGGAGUUGAAUUUAAGAAUAUUUUUGGGACGCCGGAAUUUGUUGCUCCAGAAAUUGUGAACUACGAGCCCCUGGGUCUGGAGGCUGACAUGUGGAGCAUAGGCGUCAUCACCUACAUCCUCUUAAGUGGAGCAUCCCCUUUCCUGGGAGACACGAAGCAGGAAACACUGGCCAAUAUCACAGCAGUGAGUUACGACUUUGAUGAGGAAUUCUUCAGCCAGACGAGCGAGCUGGCCAAGGACUUCAUUCGGAAGCUUCUGGUUAAAGAGACCCGGAAACGGCUCACAAUCCAAGAGGCUCUCAGACACCCCUGGAUCACGUCAAAAGGAGAAGGCAGAGCCCCCGAACAGUGGAAGACAGAGCCCACCCAGCUGAAGACCAAGCACCUGAGAGAGUACACUCUCAAAUGCCACUCAAGCAUGCCUCCCAACAACUCCUAUGUCAACUUCGAGCGUUUUGCCUGUGUGGUGGAAGACGUGGCUCGGGUGGACCUGGGAUGCCGUGCCCUGGUGGAGGCCCACGAUACCAUCCAGGACGAUGUGGAGGCCCUGGUCUCCAUCUUCAAUGAGAAGGAAGCUUGGUACCGAGAGGAGAAUGAGAGUGCCCGGCACGACCUGUCCCAGCUCAGGUAUGAGUUCCGCAAGGUGGAGUCAUUGAAGAAGCUGCUGCGAGGAGACAUCCAGGCCACGGGAUGUAGCCUCGGAAGCGUGGCCAGGAAACUGGACCAUCUGCAAGCCCAGUUUGAGAUUCUGAGGCAGGAGCUCUCCACAGACCUGCAGUGGAUUCAGGAGCUGGUGGGCAGCUUCCAGCUGGAGAGUGGGAGCUCCGAGGGCCUGGGCUCCGCAUUCUACCAGGACACCAGUGAAUCCCUAUCAGAGCUGCUCAGCAGAUCAUGCACUGAGGAAGUUCUGGCCGGCUGGAAGCUCUAAUCGCCAGAAUCCAGUCAGUGAUGCAUCCCAAGAGGUUUGCAGAAGCAUGUUCUCAUCCACCCUGCUGCGGCAUCCAGCUAGAAUUAUCCUGCAGGGGUGUGUGUCUGUAGUAUAGCCUUCCACCCCCUCCACAGAAUCCAGAAUUGCUGAGGUGCCAGUUAAUUCUUCAUUCUGUGCCUCCCCUCACCAAUCUGGUUUUCUGGGAGGGCGCUGGCAGGGCAGCCAAGCUGUUAAAACAAUUAGAGAAUGAGUACCCCUCAGGGUCCCCUUCUCCAGAGGGAGGAUGGCUGGCCCUGGGGAGAUGCUUGAGAAUUGAUUUGUGAUGAAGGAUUUGUUCAUAUCUCACUUUCUGCCUACAUACCUUAUGGACUGUAGAUCUUGGGUAAUAUUUGAGUUAAUUAGGAAUAACUAAGUCAGCAUGGUGCUUUCCUGCUACAGAAGCAGGGAUUUAAAAUGCAUAGAGAAAAUAAUAUUGCCUUUCGUUUGCAUUGAUUUUUCACUUACCAAGCACUCAUGUCUGACAAAUGACCUCACUUGGUCCUUAAAAGAACUCAGUGAGAUAGGAAGGUGGGUGGCAUUAUUAUUAUUAUUAUUUACAUGUAACUGAUGAGAAAAUUGACUCAGAGAGGGAAAAUGAUAUAGUCAAUCAAUACAGAUGAAACAGAAACCCAGGAUGCCCAUCUCUAAGAUGAGGUAUAUGGGAGAAAGUAGUAAGGCUUUGCUGUAAAUAUCUACCUUAAUAUUAAAGUCCAGGUCCCAGAGGCAAAGUAAGCAACUUCAUGUAUUCUGCCAGGUGUAGGUGGAAUGCAUACACCUGCAGAUGAUUGUCCCAGGAGCUCUGUCCCAGAAGGCAAAGUCAUUGUCCCUACCCAGCCCUGUCUCUGUCUGAAGACCAGCCUGCAAGCAGGAGAGAAGGAAAGAAGGAGUCUUCCCAUUCUCCACCCUUUCUCCUCUUCUGGCUAACGGCCCCAACUCUGUGUCGAGAAUAAAGGCCAGAAGGUCCUCAACAGGAGGUUCCUUUUCUUAUGUACCUAGGCCAUUGGGCCUUGAAGGCCUAAGAAGUUCCAUGAGGGUUUUUGAAAAGGGCAAACAUAAAGAUGGGGAAGCGCAAGGCCACAUGGUCGUUUCAUGACCCAAAGCUUUGAGCACCCCUCCCCAAGGAUUAUAAGAUCUCAUCUCCCUUUCUCUGGGGGAGGGGACAGUCAACCAACUCAUGUCAACAGAGCAUGGCAUAUGAGCCUAGUGCUGAGCUAGAAGCUUGUGGGUAGGGGCAUAACUUGUAUAGUUCAAAGUGUCUUCAUGGCCUCACAAAACAUCCCUAUCUUAGAGGCAGACUAAACGAUAUUCCCAAUUUAGAGCUGAGGAAACAGGGAGAGGAUGGGAUUUUCCCAAGGUCACAUCAUUAUGGCAAAAGUAGAGACCUUCUAAUGACAAGUCUGUUGCUCUUUCUGCUUCCCCUGGCUGCGCCAGGCUCCAGAAGUUUACUCCCUGCUUGUGGGGGCAGCUCACACCUGGAUUCAUCCAUCCAUUUACAAAUUAUACUUAGGCACCAACCAACUUCCAGAUGCCCAGCUUGACUCUGGGGAUACAAUGUUGAGUAAAAAUAGGCCUGAUUCCUGCCUCACGGAGUGCUCAGUCCAGCGAAGGAUUUGAACAUUGAUCAAGAAUCACAGAGAGAUAGAGCUGCAGCUUGUGUUCAUGCUGGGAGAGAAGCACAUAGCACUGCAGGGGCCUGCCGUCAGGGUCUGACAGCAUCAGGGGAAGCGUCCUGAAGCAGUGACACUGGAACGGAGGUCAGCUAAGCCAACCAGGGAGACAGAAGUUUCCCAACAGAGCCAUCAUACCAGGGCUCUGUGAUGAGAGGCAGUGUGGAAGGUUGAGAAUAUGAGGACUGAAAGCUGGAGGGGAGAGAAUAGGAAUACAGUGUGGAAAUGACCGGAGAACAGGCAGGACCAGCAGGGCUUUGGCCAUGUAGAAGAGCUCUGCCCUUAUCCCGAAAGUCAUGAGAAGCCAGCGGGUUCCAGGUGCUGGGGAGGGAAUGCCCCGUGAACAGCUCAGACAGGAAGUGGUUUAGGACAAGACAGGAAAGCUUCAUCUCAUGAAACCAUUUCUUCAGAAUCCUGUCUCCUUUUCUAUAUGCAUGAAGGAUCAUUUCAAAUAUCAUAUACAAUAUUUGUAACAGAAACUUUCUUCAUCAGCUAUGAGAAACCGUGGUGAUAAGAUGCAUCAUCAUUUUAUGGACCACUAAGAAAAAAAGCCCAAGAUGGGGAGUCUAAUAGGAAACUCUCUCUACCCCCACCACAUAAAGCUGUGAUGCCCUCAGUGAGAAGGUAAAUGAGAAAUAGAGCCACCGUGCAGAAACGGGGAGCAAGGAAACCCAUGCGUCUCAACCUUGACACUAUCUCUCUGUCUCAACCUUGACAGGGGGUGAAAAAUCCUUCCCUGAGAACAGGAGUCCCAAGCCGGUGGUACUCAUGCAGGUUUGCUUUCUGAAUUUGCACAAUCAGUGUAAUCCAAAAGAACAUCAAGCAGAGAGUGUAAUGUCCAACAGUCUGAGGCUGGGUGGCCCUGGAUGGCUGGCAAAAACAGUACUAUCCUCUCCCGGAGCACCUGCCUUCUGUCCGGGCCAACAGUAAGAAUAUGAUACCAUCAUCUGGGAGAUGCCUCCUGACUUCAGAGAUCCAAAAAUGUAUAUCUUGGAACCAAUGAAAGAUGGCAAAAGCUCCAUUUCCUACAUCUUACCCCAGAGAAUUGGUUCAAAUGACCUGUCUACAGUCUCUCCAAGGUCUUACCUGCCCUGUCACGGGAAGUUGUAUACUUGUUUGGUGCUGAGACACUGCAAGUAUUAAAUGUCACUUUGGCCAUGUUAACAGACCUUGACCUUCACACAGCCAGGUUUCUAAGGAGAGGAAGCCACUGAUGGGGCAACACAGGGCAAGCUUUUUAGUGAAGGUCAAAAUAGAAUGCAGGCCCAGUGUGGUGGCUCAUGCCUGUAAUCCCAGCACUUUGGGAGGCUGAAGUGGGUGGAUCACUUGAGGUCAGGAGUGUGAGAGCAGCCUGGCCAACAUGGAGAAAUCCUGUCUCUACUAAAGAUAUAAAAAUUAGCUGGGCAUGGUGGUGGGUGCCUGUAGUCCCAGCUACUCAGGACACUCGGGAGGCUGAGGCAGGAGAAUCGCUUGAACAUGGAAGGCGGAGGUUGCAGUGAGCCACGAUCACGCCAUUGCACUCCAGCCUGGGUGACAGAGUGAGACUGUCUCAAAAAAAUAAAAAAUAGACUACAGUAAAAGAGUAAAAUGUUGGCAAUGAUUUGAAUGGGGGAAAUUGGGAAAAAUGAGGGAGAAGUGGUUAUUUUAGAAUCAUGAUCAGCUAUACACAGUGCUGAGAGUCACCCAUUUAGUUGGCCGUGAGCUGGACUCCAAACUCUAAGUGGUUUUCCUUACAGCAGUGACAUCAU